AUGAACAUCAAGUAUCUUUUACCCCUCAUUCUUCUUCUUGUGCAAGGAACUUAUUGUUUCUGCAUCUACAAUUUCCUCACCGAUGGUAGUUCAAUAGAGGUAUAUCAAUCGCACGCCAGAGUUGACUCCGGAAAAGGGUUUGCCAAAACAAUAGAAAGUGGAGGCAAAGAAUGCUGUGCUUACACAAAUCGUGAUUGUUCUUAUCGAGGUACAAAUACUGAUCCUGCUGAUUUUGACGUUUAUUUUAAUUUUCCUCGACACAAAAGUCUCAGACAUUUAAUACAAUGUACAACAGGUAGUGGUGUUAAUGUAUUUGGUUCAGAGGGUGAUUUUUACGCUAUCUGUGUACUAGCUAAUGGUGAUCAGAAAAGAGUACCCAUCCUUCCAUACGCUGUCACCUCAUAG